GUCAAAGCUCGGCUAUAGGUUUUCUGUCAAGUUUCUCUUACAGGAAGCAAUUACACAUACAACGGCUCAAGAGUCAUACUGCUACCAGAGACUUGAAUUUCUUGGUGACUCAGCAUUGGACCUGCUUAUUACUGGGCAUCUCUAUCAGACCCAUAUAGAUAUUGAUCCUGGAGAUUUGACUGAUUUGCGCUCAGCAUCUGUUAGUAAUGAAAAUUUUGCCCAAAUCGCCGUCAGGAAGAACCUCUAUAAGCAUCUUCAACAUAAGUCUGCAUUACUCGCUCGUCAAAUAACAGAGUAUGUGAAGUCCUUUAUUGAAAAUGAAGAUACCACUGGAUCAAGGCCAGAUGUAAUGGGUCCUAAGGCUCUCGGAGACCUGGUGGAAAGUAUUGCAGGGGCAAUGUUGAUAGAUUCCAAGUUUAAUCUUGAUGAAGUAUGGAGAAUAUUUAAGCCACUACUGUCUCCAAUUGUGACUCCUGAUAAACUUCAACUGCAUCCACUACGUAAAUUGAUGGAAUUGUGUGACUCUCUUGGGUAUUUCAUCAAAGAAAAAUGUCUGAACAAGGGAGAAAUUGUGCAUGCUGAGUUGAGGUUGCAGCUGGAAGAUGUUCUUUUGGUUGGAGAGGCACAUGAACGGAGUGCAAAGCUUGCAAAAGGAAAAGCAGCUGCACAUUUAUUGAAACAACUUGAGAACAGAAAAAUCUCUCGCGGUGGUUCAAAGAGGAAUCAACGGGAUCUUGAUCAUUCUGGCGAGUUAUCUUCCCUAGAUUUCAGUAUUAACAUUUACAGUCAAACAUCUGAUGGCAGUUUGUCAAGCGCAAAAAAGCAGAAGACAACUGAAACUCACGUGCUUGAGUCAGCCAGUGUUUCUUCGUUUGCUUAUGACUGCUCUAAGAAUGCCAGCAGUUCCUACACUCCCAUUCCAGUUGUAGCCCCCAUCAGCAUGAAGAAAGGAGGACCCCGGACUUCUCUUUUUGAGUUUUGUAAGAGACAGCUGUGGCCAAUGCCUACAUUCCAGACGACAGAGCAUAAAUCGAAAACACCAAUGGAAUUUGGGGAAGGAUCUGAAGUAAGAAAAGGAUUUAGGGGUUUUGUUUCAAAGAUUACGCUGCACAUACCUGGGUCUGGCAUUGUUGAAUGCACGGGAGAAGCUAGAACUGAUAAGAAGAGUUCAUUUGACUCUGCGGCGUUUCUUAUGCUCUAUGAGCUUCAGAAGCAAGGGAAACUCAUGAUUAGUAAAUUUUUGUGAGUACCUAAUUUAAGAUUUUCAAUUUUAUUAGAGAAAUAGAGAGAAUAUUAUGGUAAACUUUUUAGUAAUCCAACUUCAUUAUCUUCAUAUACAACGAAGCAAUUAGGAAGUAGGCACUACUAUAUGUAUGAUAAUAGCCUGUGUAUUAACUGUAACAAAUAAGUCAUGAGAGAAUGUGAUCUCUAUUGUCAAAAGACAUGAAUGCUAUUACUGUCCCUUCUAUAUAUAUAUGUGCUCUCUCUGUUGGGGGAAGCUUUGCUGUUCAAAUA